AUGGACGGCUGCGGCGAGGAUGGCCGCCGGCCUUACGCCGUCUUCAUGGCCUUCGGCACCUACGGCGACGUCUUCCCCAUAGCAGCGCUUGCUGCGGCGUUCGCUAAUGACCAACAACAGUAUACUGUGGUGUUCAUCACUCAUUCAGCACACCAGAGUUUGUUAGCACAUCUAGCAGCCAGUAACGUUAGGUGCAUGCAUGUGUCGAGCCCACCUGUGCUUGCCGCCGAACAACUUGAGAAUAUCUCAUAUAAUUCUGUUGGAUCAAACGCUGAGCAUGAGCCAUUUUCACGGCGGAAAGAGACCAUUCAGAUGAAGCACAGGGAAGAGUGCUUAGCUUCUGUGGAAAAAGUGUUUGGAAAUGAUCCGAGCAUUCAUAGUGACUUUAUCAUGAUCAAUUUCUUCGCCCUGGAAGGUUGGCAUCUUGCAGAAUUGUUUCAAGUUAAGUGCAUCAUUGCUGCUCCCUAUUUUGUUCCUUAUAGUGCUCCUACAUCAUUUGAAAGCCAAUUUAAACAAAGUUUUCCUCUUCUGUACAAUUACUUUCAAGAAGCUCCCAGCAACACGGUCUGCUGGACUGACAUUUCCCAUUGGAUGUGGGCUCUCUUCAUGGAAACUUGGGGACUGUGGAGAAAUGAUUGUCUAAAUCUUAGUCCUAUCCCUUAUACAGAUCCAGUAACAGAUCUUCCGUUGUGGCAUGUGCGUGCAGAGUCGCCAUUGUUGCUGUAUGGUUUCAGCAAGGAAAUUGUGGAGCGCCCAGGAUAUUGGCCCUCCAGUGCUCAUGUUUGUGGAUUUUGGUUUCUUCCUAUGGCUUGGCAGUUUUCUUGUGAUAAAUGCAGUGAUUUGUUGUGUGGAAAUGUCACUUCUCCGUGUGAGGAUAUUCUGUGUGCGAAUCAUGCUGGCCUAGAACACUUCCUCACGGGAAAUUCUUAUUCGUCUUUACCUAUAUUCAUAGGAUUAAGUUCCAUUGGUAGCAUGGGUUUUCUUAGAAAUCCUAAAGCAUUUCUAAUGGUGAUUAAAGCUGUCAUAGAGGCAACAGGUUACAGAUUUAUCCUUUUCACAGCUGGUUACCAGCCAUUGGAUUCAGCAAUCAGAUCUGCUGAUUCUUUAGUAGCAGAAUCAAGUGAGUUAGACGCACAUCACUCACCUGCCCUUAGUGGUGACAGCACUCUCCUUUUCAACAGUCGACUGUUCUGCUUCUCUGGAUCAAUACCAUACAGCUGGCUUUUCCCCAAAUGUGCAGCUGCUAUUCACCAUGCUGGCAGCGGAUCUACAGCUGCUGCACUAUUUGCUGGAAUUCCCCAGGUACCAUGUCCUUUCCUACUGGACCAGUUUUACUGGGCAGAGAGGCUGCACUGGUUAGGGGUGGCACCGGAGCCCCUAAAGAGGCAACAUCUAAUCCCAGAUACAGAUGACGCUGCGAGCAUUAACAAGGCUGCAGACAUGCUUCUUGGAGCUAUCAGAUCAGCAUUAUCACCUGAGAUUAAGGCUCAGGCAACCAGAAUUGCUAACCGACUUGCUUCUGAGGAUGGGAUUGGUGAAGCCCUCAGGAUCCUGAAGGAGAAAGUUCUGCCUUAGCAUAAGGUUGAGCCGCAGAGACCGUAAGAUAUACUGAGAGUUAUAAAAAUGUAAGAUUAUUAUACUACUUAGCUUAGAAUUUUCGUUUGUGCCCGCAUUGGUUUAUCAUUUAUGACUUGUAU